UGCCCGCUGCCCGCGCUCAGCCGCUGCCGGGCCGCCGGGGCCCGGGGACCGCGCGGUGCGCGGGGGGUGGCCGGGUCCCCGGACGCCGCCGCCGACGAGUGGAUCCGCAAAGGAAGCUUCAUCCACAAGCCGGCGCACGGCUGGUUACACCCAGACGCCAGGGUCCUGGGGCCCGGGGUCUCCUACAUCGUGCGGUACAUGGGCUGCAUUGAAGUCCUCCGCUCCAUGCGCUCUCUGGAUUUUAACACCCGCACCCAGGUGACCAGGGAAGCCAUCAACCGGCUUCAUGAGGCGGUGCCUGGUGUCCGGGGCUCCUGGAAGAAGAAGGCCCCCAACAAAGCGCUGGCCUCCAUCCUGGGCAAGAGCAACCUGCGCUUUGCGGGCAUGAGUAUCGCUGUGAGCAUCUCCACCGAUGGCCUCAACCUCUCCGUGCCUGCCACACGCCAGAUCAUUGCCAACCACCACAUGCAGUCCAUCUCCUUCGCAUCAGGCGGCGACACGGACAUGAUGGAUUAUGUGGCCUAUGUAGCCAAGGAUCCCAUCAACCAGAGAGCCUGCCACAUCCUGGAGUGCUGUGAGGGCCUCGCCCAGAGCAUCAUCAGCACCGUGGGCCAAGCCUUCGAGCUGCGCUUCAAACAGUACCUGCACAGCCCGCCCCGGGUGGUCGUGCCCCCAGAAAGGCUGACCAGGCCAGAGGAGUCGGCCUGGGGGGACGAGGAGGAAACGGAACACAAUUACUACAACAGCAUCCCAGGGAAGGAGCCGCCCCUGGGUGGGCUGGUGGACUCCAGGCUCACCCUAACUCAGCCCUGUGCCCUCGGGGCCCUCGGAGCCCUCAGCGCCCUCGGCCAGGGGGUAUCUCCUGCUCAAAGGGACACGCGCAGCCUGCCGUGGGACCUGGGCCCCUCAGGUACCGGCCCACCAGGGGACGGCUACGUGCAGGCCGACGCCAGGGGCCCCAGGGACUACGAGGACCACCUGUAUGUCAACACACAGGGUCUGGAUGCCCCAGAGGCCCUGCAGCCAGAGGACAGUCCCAAGAAGGAUCUGUUUGACAUGCGACCCUUCGAGGAUGCUCUCAAGCUGCACGAGUGCUCUGUGGGGACGGGCACGGCGGCAGUGCCCCUUCCCUUGGAGGACCAGUGGCCCAGCCCCCCGACCCGCCGGGCCCCCAUAGCCCCCACGGAGGAGCAGCUGCGGCAGGAGCCCUGGUACCACGGCCAGAUGAGCCGAAGGGCGGCGGAGAAGCUGCUUCGAGCCGACGGGGACUUCCUGGUGCGCGACAGCGUCACCAACCCUGGGCAGUACGUCCUCACGGGCAUGCACGCGGGGCAGCCCAAGCACCUGCUGCUCGUGGACCCCGAGGGAGUGGUGCGGACCAAGGAUGUGCUCUUUGAGAGCAUCAGCCAUCUGAUCGACUACCACCUGCAGAACGGGCAGCCCAUCGUGGCUGCCGAAAGCGAGCUGCAUCUGCGUGGUGUGGUCAAACGUGAGCCCUGAGCCAGGUGAUGGUUCUCAGCUCCCGCUCCUGUCCUGUGCUGCAGAUGCUCCCUGUCGUGGCCUUAUGGGCUCCUCAGCUUCUCUCUGGACCCUGGUCAGGCUGGAGCUGCCGCUGUCUCUCCUUCCUCCAGCCUCUAGAUCUUCCUUCUCCAGCUGGCCCUGGGCUGGGACAGCGAGGCCAAGAGAUGGGGGCCCAAGACCCUUUAAUCCCACCGACCCCUGCCUGCCUCCACCCUCUGCCUGGGAUGAGGGUGUCCAUACCAAAGACAGAACUUUUCUCACCUUUAAAGAAAAUAUCUUACAGAAACCCAGUCCUCUCUCUCCGAGCCCUGGCCGGGGUCGCCGCCGGGUUCAGGAGGAACCAUCUCUCUCCCCAGAGGGACUUCAGCUCACCUCCCUGGAAAGAUGGAUUCCUGUCCUUGACAGCUCAGUUUCUCCACCUG